UUAAGCUCUUUAAAAAGGCCGGAUCUUUAAUUUUCAUGUGUAUAUGUGUAACAUUACUAACAUAGGUAUAUCAGUUGAUGCUGGCCGUUACGCCGGAAUCUUUAAAACCUCGCCGGCGAUUAAUCGUUCCCCACAUUUAACCGUUUCAUCCCUGUCACACAUAAACUCACAAUAGAUGUGGUAUAGAUCGGCUUCUUUCAUUCUCGACAAGCAGAAGAACGACGACGUUGCGAAGCCUGAGAGCCGCCAAGCAUCACAUCUCGCACCAGCUCCGGCGUCCUCCAUGGACGGAACCCUACAAAACCCUAACCUUAACCCCAAUAACAUAUCGGCUUAUUAUCAGACUAGAGCGGCUCACCACGGGGUCGUCACUAGUGACUGGCUCGCUCAGGCGCUAGACGCUGUCGCAGGUGACCGGGACGAUGUUUCUACCGGGAGCUCUUCGAACAAUUCCGGGGAGUCGGGUAAGACAUUCAGCGUGAUUGAUGAGUUCAAUAAUUGGCGUAAGCAGCCAAACUUAGCUGAGGCUGUGGCCGCUAUCAGGGCAUUAGCCUCUGUUAUUCGGUCUAGUGAGGCUACUACGAUGAUGGAACUUGAAAUUGAGCUGAAGAAAGCCUCCGAUUCUUUAAAAUCAUGGGACACAACUUCUAUCUCAUUGAUGGCGGGCUGUGAUCUGUUCAUGCGCUAUGUUACAAGAACCUCAGCAUUGGAAUAUGAAGACUUCAAUUCAGCUAAGGGUCGUCUUCUUGAGCGUGCAGAGAAAUUUGGAGAGAUAUCUUAUAAGGCUCGCAAGAUAAUAGCUGUGCUUAGUCAAGAUUUUGUUUUUGAUGGGUGUACCAUUUUGGUGCAUGGCUUUUCUCGAGUAGUGUUUGAGGUUCUGAAAACAGCAGCUCAAAACAGGAAGCUUUUUCGAGUUCUCUGCACUGAGGGGAGGCCUGACCGGAGCGGACUAAGAUUAGCAAAUGAGCUAGCCAAGCUAGAUGUUCCUGUGAAGCUCUUAAUAGACUCUGCAGUGGCAUAUAGCAUGGAUGAGGUUGAUAUGGUGUUUGUAGGAGCAGAUGGAGUGGUUGAAAGUGGAGGUAUAAUUAACUUGAUGGGGACCUAUCAAAUUGCUUUGGUAGCAAAGAGCAUGAAUAAACCAGUUUAUGUUGCUGCUGAAAGUUAUAAGUUUGCUCGUCUAUAUCCAUUGGAUCAGAAGGACAUGGCUCCUGCUUUACGUCCGAUUGACUUUGGUGUGCCAAUCCCAUCAAAGGUUGAAGUUGAGACAUCAGCUCGGGAUUAUACACCGCCUGAGUAUCUUACCCUUCUAUUCACAGAUUUAGGUGUCCUAACACCAUCUGCAGUAAGUGAUGAGCUCAUACAGCUUUACCUAUAAAUAAAUAAUCUUGUGGGCAGAGGAUUAAAUAUGUAGUCUGGAGUGACAUUGCACAACCAUGUUUGUUUUUGUUAUCUCCUCAACAUGAAGAAUUAUGACCUUUUUGCUCAUUGGCACAUUUUAAAAUAGAAUUCUACUAAUGUGUGCACUACUUUUUCCUUUGCGAAAUUUUGAACCAUGGAAUCAAGAAAUCAUUAUUAUGGGCUCAGAUAAAGUCUCUUCCCAUGUCUGUAUUCCCUUAACAGCCUCAAAGGCUCAAAUUAUGAUAAUUGAGAGAAAAAGCCAAAUUUUAACUUUCCAGUUUAAAGCCA